AUGUCGCCAAUUUCUAGACUGCCUCUACAGGCUUCGAGGAUAUCCUCCACCACUGCUCUAUCGUCACUCAAGUGCAGCCGAUUGUCUGAACGUCAUCUCGUCUGGGUCGCCAGGUCGCCCGCCUUCGCGCAUCCAUUUCGCACGGUGUUCACGAAAACGCCGUCUCGAAAAGCCGAACCUGCUGCGACGCCUACGCAGUCUUCCAGGGUUAAUACUAGUCAAAGCCCGUCCCCGAAUGAGCCGAUACCUGCGCCGAACACUUCACCGAACGAGUCGCUUAAGCUACAAGAGGAAAACACGUCGAGCAUUGAUUGGACAAGAUCAUUUCAUGGUCUCUCAAUCGAGCCUUUCUCCAAGGAAGCGGCCGAUGUCCUAAUGGCGCCUCUGAGUCCUGACGAUGUCGAGAUCAAACCAGAUGGCAUCAUCUUUCUCCCUGAGAUCAAAUACAGACGUAUACUCAACAGAGCCUUUGGUCCUGGCGGGUGGGGACUGGCUCCGAGGGGCGAGACCAUAGUCACCGAGAAAGCCGUCACGCGAGAAUAUGCUUUGUUGGCCCACGGAAGACUGGUCUCUAUCGCGCGGGGCGAGCAAGACUAUUUCAACAAGGAUGGCGUACCUACGGCUUCUGAGGGCUGCAAAUCUAAUGCCAUGAUGCGUUGCUGUAAAGACCUGGGCGUCGCUAGUGAGCUAUGGGAUCCCAGAUUCAUCAGGAAAUUCAAGUCGGAACAUUGCCGGGAGGUGUUCGUUGAGCACCAGGGAACAAAGAAGCGAACCAAGAUAUGGCUGCGCAAGGGCGAUCCGGUGUCUUAUCCCUACGCAGAACUCAAGAGAUAA